AUGGAUAACUUUGGCAGCAAACCUUUUGCUGUUGAAUAUAACAGUACAAGGAGAAGUUGGUCAGCCAGGAUAAAAAUCCCGAGCCAACUGCGUGGGUUUGUUAUCGGGCCCCAGGGCUCGAUCAUUAAGGGAAUACAACAACAGACCGGAUGUCGUGUUGUAUUCCCGCAUAAGGAUGAAGCGGACAAACCUGUGGAGCUCAUAUCUUCUGUCUCGAAGGGCAGUGUUUUGCAAUGCCGAGACAGAAUCGAAGAGGUGAUGCGUGAAGUGCGGCAUCGCGUCGGCUUCACGCAUUUCGUCUCGCUUUCAAUGGCUUAUGGAGACAUCAAGAAGAGAUUCUGCGACUUUUGUCGCAUGGAGUCGUGCAGGUUAGUUGCAGCAUUCCAAAAACCGGCAAGGCUGCAUCUAACCUUAACGAUGCUCACGCUGCUGGGUAAGGAGGAAGAACCAGAAGCAACGAAAGCUCUGGACACAGCGAUUGGAGACUGUGUCAGCAGAAUUCUCGAAGAUAAGCCAUUGGAAGCUGAAAUUAAGGGACUAGAUAUUAUGAAUAAUGAUCCGACGCGAGCCCGAGUGCUUUAUGCGUGCGCCUCCUCGGAAAGGCUUCAAAAAUUCGCAGACGCAAUUGCAAAUGCGAUGAGUAACGCCGGAUUUGCGCCUAAGGAGGAGUCUGUGAAACUCCAUAUGACCCUCCUAAACGCCAAAUAUGCGCGAGGAUCGAUUGAGUCGAUGAAUGUCUCACGACUACUGGAAAAAUAUCGAGAUUUCCAGUUUGGAAGGAUAACCGUCCGUGAGGGCUUCAAAGGGAAGCUAAGUGGCAAGAACGACGGGCAACGGAUGGACGGAUCGGAAUGGUACUGGCACGAUGUUACUGUGAAGGUUACAGGACAGCUGGAAGGACGUGAGCAAAAGUUCUAG